UCUCAGACCCAUGUCCAAACCUCCCUUUUUUCCAUUCCCAUUUCCUCUCUCUCUCUCUCUCUCUCUCUCUCUCUCCAAACUUCCCAAAAAUCAUCCUUUCUGCUAUCCAUGCCCUUUCCCAUACAAUGUCCGCCCCAGUCUUCAUCCUAUGGCUUGUUAGCAUCCCUCUCAUUGUCCAUGCCGCUGUCCCUGCUCCACCUAGAGGAAUCCUGCUGAGCUGUGGCUCGCCUAAUGAAACAGUGCAGGGUGGCCUCACGUACAUGACUGACGAAGGGUUCGUAUCAGUCGGAAAUAAAACAACCAUCAACCAACCAGAUUUACUUCCUGUAUUGUCCACUCUGAGGUACUUCCCAAACACUUCGGCUCGAAAAUAUUGCUACACAUUUCCCGUGAUCAAAGGAGGGAAGUUUCUUGUUCGAACCACGUAUUACUAUGGAGGCUUCGAUGGAGGGAAAGAGCCACCUGUGUUCGAUCAGAUCAUCGAUGGGACCAAGUGGAGCAUAGUGAAUACGACAGAGGAUUAUGCCAACGGGCUUAGCUCAUACUAUGAGAUUGUAGUCGCUGCUCAAGCUAAGACCCUGAGCGUGUGUUUGGCGAGGAACGAGCAAACAGUGUCGAGCCCUUUCAUAUCAGCUGUUGAAUUGCAAACUUUGGAAGACUCUGUGUACAAUUCUACUGAUUUUGGGAAGUAUGCUUUGGCCAGUGUUGCUCGAAAUAGCUUCGGUUAUGAUGGGGAUAUGAUUAGUUUUCCAGAUGAUCAGUUUGACCGCUUCUGGCAACCUUUCACGGAUGACAAUCCUGUCGUCACAUCCCACUCUAACAUAACUCCUUCAGAGUUCUGGAACAUCCCUCCGGCAAAGGCACUGUCAAGUGCCCUCACAACAAGCCGCGGGAAGACACUCACGAUCAAGUGGCCACCAUUUCCACUCCCAAAAGGCAACUACUAUAUCGCGCUUUACUUCCAAGACAACCGGAGCCCCAGCCCUUAUAGCUGGAGAGUGUUCAGUGUUUCUGUGAAUGGAAAUGACUUUUACACCGACAUCAAUGUCACCUCAAGCGGCGUGACUGUCUAUACGGGUCAAUGGCCGCUUUCUGGACAGACAGAGAUUGUGUUGACUCCCAAAAGUGAUGCACUGGUUGGUCCUGUUAUCAAUGCUGGGGAAAUCUUUCAGAUUAUGAAUCUUGGAAUGAGGACUCUCACUAGAGACGUGAUAGCUAUAGAAGAUUUGGGAAGAAGCUUUGACAACCCUCCUUCGGAUUGGCAUGGAGAUCCAUGUCUACCUAAACAGAAUUCAUGGACCGGAGUCAAAUGUUCUGAUGAAGGAAAAUUUGCUCGAGUUGUUUCUCUAGAUCUAUCAAACAUUGGGCUCACUGGGGAGCUGUCUGAAAGUAUAGACAACUUAACAGCAAUUAGGAGCAUUUACCUUGGAGGCAAUAAGCUCUCAGGUCCACUCCCAAAUAUGGGCUCCUUGAAGGCCUUAGAAACUUUGCAUUUGGAGGGUAACCAAUUCGAAGGACCAAUCCCCGAGUCAUUGGGCAGACUUCCUCAACUUCAUGAAUUGUUUCUCGAAAAUAACAAACUCAAUGGUACCGUACCCGAGUCCCUAGCCGAGAAAGUAGGCAUAAACCUUCAGCUUUCCCCCGGAAAUCAUUUGUCGCGGGUAGCAUAAUGCUAGAGAAACACGUUGAGAGAGGUGCAGCGGAUUAUUCAGAACAGGUUUUGAGAAAAUUGGGAAGUUUUAGGCUUAAAUGAGAUGGAUGAUGGCAAGGAUUGUUGCGGAGGGUUGCAGAGAGAGAUGCAUGGACCCCAAUUCUCCUGUGUCAAAUUGGGUUGUCAACUUUUUGAUACUUGUAUUUUUACACUCAAUUUUUAGCAUCAUGCUGCUGUAUUUUAACCAUAAUAUUGCUGUGUUCUGUCUAUGGAUCCUGGAUUCAUAAUACAAUGGAUUAAAAGCAUGGACUUCAUACUUAUUUUUUGUAACU